AUGUCUCCAAGCAACACCAUCUUGCGGGGGUUCCUCGUAUCCCAGCUUUGUGUGGGUGUCAUAGGGAACUCACUGCUCUUCAUGCUGUAUGUGUACAGCUUCUUAGUCAGAUCCCGCUUUAGCAGACCUAUCAAUCCCAUUUUCAUGCACCUGGUGGUUGUCAACAUGUUGACAGUCAUAUUUGCUAUGAUAUCAUAUAUCAUGUCAUCCUUUGGAGUCAGACACUUUCUGGAUGAUGCCGGCUGUAAGGCAGUUUUAUAUGUGUUCAGAGUCACCCGGGGUUUGUCCAUCUGCACUACCUCCAUUCUAAGCACGUUCCAAGCCAUCACCAUCAUUCCCAGUAACUCUAAGUGGGCAUGGCUUAAGCCUAAACUCUCUACAUGGACUUGUUGCUCCUUCCUGUUUUCCUGGCUCAUCAACUUGCUCAUAUAUGUGCACGUCAUUGAGACUGUGGUAGCAAAAAUCAAUUACACUGAUGUUGGUGAUGGAUAUUAUCAUGUUUACUGUGAAAUAAGACUAAGCGAUUCCCGCACUAAGGAAUUAUUCCUGGGUGUUAUCAUAACAGGAGACGUUCUCUUUAUGAUCAUCAUGAUGUUGACCAGUUUCUACAUGGUGACUCUCCUUUACAAACAUCGCAAGGGAGCCCAGUAUCUCCGUAGCCAAAGCCUCUCCAGCCAGCAAUCUCCUGAGCUCAGAGCCACUCACAGCAUCUUGCUGAUGAUGAGCUGUUUUGUGAUCUUUUACUGGUUGAACAAUUUCAUCACCCUUUAUGGGUUUUAUUCACAUGAAAGAAUACCAACAUUGGGGAUAAUUGUUGUAAUUGUGUCGUCGUUCUACCCCACUCUCUGCCCAUUUCUACUAAUGAGCAAUAAUAAAAUAAUUUCCCAGUUUAUUUAUUCUUUAUCAAUACUGAGAAUUACCUGUUUUCAAAGAGCAUUUGGUGGAUGA